AUGUCGGACGACAAGAAGGACGAUGCUGGGGAAAAGGAGCAUAUGCAACUGAAGGUUCGCUCACCCGAUGGCAGUGAGGUGUACUUCAAAAUCAAGAAGAAGACCAAACUUGAGAAACUUAUGCAGGCGUACUGCAAUCGUCUAGGCCAGCACAUGGACGCUGUGAGGUUUCUUUUCGAUGGAGAGCGUGUAAAACCGGAGAAAACGCCCCUAGAUAUGGGCAUCGAGGACGGAGAUGUUAUUGAUGCUAUGGUUCAACAGACGGGGGGCGCAUGA